AUGAACAACAAAACAUAUAUUUCUGUGGCUUCAAUUAUUCUUCCUCUUCUUUUAAUCUUCUCUGCCCAACCCAUUUCUUGUACACCACUCCACAACAAUUUCAUCCAAUGCCUCUCCAAACACCAAAACUCAACCAUUCUCUACACUCCCACCCACACUUCAUUCCUAACUGUUCUCCAAGCCCGCAUCAAAAACCCCCGCUACAACACCUCCACCACCCCCAAACCCUCCCUCAUUGUCACCCCUCUCCACGAAACCCAUGUCGCCGCUACCGUUCUGUGCGCCAAAUCCAUCGGAAUCCAACUCAGAAUCCGAAGCGGCGGCCAUGACUAUGAGGGCACCUCCUACGUCUCUGACACCUCCUUCGUCAUCCUCGACAUGUUCAAUCUUCGGUCCAUCCAGGUCAACAUUGAACAGGAGACCGCUUGGGUGCAAGCCGGUGCCAUCUUGGGUGAUUUCUACUACCAAAUUUCGGAAAAGAGCAAAACCCAUGGUUUCCCGGCCGGCCUUUGCCCCACUGUCGGCAUCGGCGGCCAUAUUAGCGGAGGUGGUUACGGUAAUAUGAUCCGUAAAUACGGGAUGACGGUGGAUCAUGUGGUCGAUGCACGUAUAGUGGAUGUUCGUGGCCGAAUUUUAGAUCGUAAAGCCAUGGGCGAAGACGUUUUUUGGUCAUUAAGAGGUGGUGGUGGUGCAAGUUUUGGGGUCAUAUUGGCCUACAAACUUAGGCUAGUUAAAGUUCCCGAAAUUGUAACCACCUUUUUUGUGGAAAGGACUCUGGAGCAGAAUGCCACCGACCUAGUUCACCGGUGGCAAUUCGUAGCCAAUAAGAUGGACGACAAUCUUGUCAUUAGGCUGCUUCUGAAGCCUGUGGAUGCCAAGACAAAGGGUCAGAAGAAGACUCUAAAGGCAUCCUUCAUAGCCAUGUUUCUGGGCAAUGCUGAUAGACUAGUGUCUAUCAUGAAUAACGAAUUUCCGGAGUUGGGUGUGAAUAAAGCUGGCUGCACCGAAAUGACUUGGUUUCAAUCGGUGCUCCAGUGGGCGAAAAUCACACCCAAAAACGAGAUUUUCUUUAAAAGAAAAUCAGAUUAUGUUAAGAAUCCUAUUCCCAAAGAAGGGUUGGAGGCUAUAUGGAGAAAGAUGAUAGAACUAGAUAAUAUAGAAUUUUUUUUUACCCCAUAUGGUGGAAGGAUGAAUGAAAUUGGUGAGGAAGAAACUCCUUUCCCGCAUAGAGCGGGAAACAUAUUUAAGAUUCACUACUCACACAAUUGGAUAGAAGAAGGGAUCCAGGCGGACAAGAUUCAUAUGAGCCGGAUUAGGCACAUGUAUGAAUUCAUGACACCUUUCGUUUCCAAGUCCCCUAGACAAGCUUUCCUCAACUACAGAGACCUCGACAUUGGUACCAUUAAUCACAAUGGUAAUAAUGGUUACGAGGAAGCUAAAGUCUUUGGAGUGAAAUAUUUCAAAAACAACUUUGAAAGAUUAGUGAAAUCAAAGACGAUGAUUGACCCGGACAAUUUCUUCAGGAAUCAACAAAGCAUCCCUCCUUAUCCACCUAAAGGGAAAUAG